AUGGCUGAACUGAAUGAGGCGUCCUCCUCUGCCUCUGCAUCUGUAUCUUCCAAUUUUGAUGUGUUCCUUAAUUUCAGAGGUGAAGACACUCGCAAAAACUUCACUGGGUUCCUUCACAAAGCUUUGAAAAACAGUGGAAUCAAUGUCUUUUUUGACAGUGAAAAAUUGUGGGUUGGAGAAGCCAUUGGCCCAGCCCUCCUCAGAGCCAUAGAGGGAUCCAAAAUCUCAAUCCCUGUCUUCUCCAAAGGUUAUGCCUCUAGCAAAUGGUGCCUACUGGAACUUUCUCAGAUACACCAUUUCCACACAACCAAUGGUCAAAUGGUCCUUCCCAUAUUCUUUGAUGUUGAGCCAUCCCAUGUUCGAAAUCAGACUGGAAGUUUUGAAGGACCCGUUCAAGAACAUGAAAAGAAUUUUAAACCCCAUAUUGUAGAGAGUUGGAGGGAAGCUUUAAGAAUGGUAGGGAAUCUCAAGGGAUGGGUUCUCAAGGAAGACGCAAAUGGAGAUCAAGCAGAUCUAGUUGAAUUAGUUGUCAAAAGAGUUUGGGGUGCAUUGAUCAGCAGCACCUUUUUGGCUGAAUGUAAAUACCCUAUUGGAAUAGAUUCAUGUGUGAAUGAACUGUUACCUUUAUUAAAUAUUGGUUCCAAUGAUGUUCAGUCCUUGGGAAUCUGUGGUUUCGGUGGAAUUGGAAAGACAACUAUUGCCAAAGCUCUCUACAAUCGCAUCCAUCCAAACUUCAAUAGACAUAGUUUUCUUUCAGAUGUUAGAGAGCAAGCAACGCAACGCAGGGGUUUAGCAACUUUGCAGAAGCGUCUUCUUAAAGAUAUCUUCAAAGUAGACAUUGACAUAGCCGAUUAUCACAGAGGAAAAACAAUGAUAAAAGAAAGACUUUGUAAAGAAAAUGUUCUUCUUGUUCUUGAUGAUGUGGACAACCAAGAACAGUUAAGUGCUUUGGCUAGUGAAUUGAAUUGGUCUGGUCAAGAAAGCAGGGUCAUAAUAACAACCAGGGACGAACAUAUUCUGAAUAUGGCUAAAGUUGAUGGUGAUAAAUUAUAUUGGCCUCAAGUUCUGGAUCAUAAUCAAUCUCUUCAACUAUUUAGUUUUCAUGCCUUUUCAAGGGGCCAACCUCCUGAAGAUUACAUGCAACUUUCACAAGAUGUAGUCUGCUAUUCGGGAGGGUUGCCUUUAACUCUAGAGGUGUUGGGGUCUUACCUAUCAGAAAUAAGCAACAAAGAUAUUUGGGAAAGUACAUUGCAAAAAUUGAAAGAUAUUCCUCAUGAAAAAGUCCAGAGAAGGUUGAAGAUAAGCUAUGAUAAUCUAGAAGAUGAUUAUCAGAAAGCCAUAUUUCUUGAUGUUGCAUGCUUUUUCAUUGGAUGGGAGAAACAAACAGUAAUUUUUAUAUGGGAAGCUUGUGGCUAUCAUCCUAAAUCAUCAAUAUACAUACUAUUUAAAAGGUCCCUUCUAAAAUUUCAAGGCAAUUUCUUAAGAAUGCAUGAUCAAAUUCGAGAUAUGGGAAGGAAAAUUGUAUUGGAAGAAAGCCUUAUGGAGCCAGGAACUGAUAUGAUAAAAGGCAUAAUGCUUCCCUAUGCAUUUGUGCCUAUUAAUUUAGAUAGUGAACAAUUUGAGAUGAUGCACAAUCUACGAUAUCUCGACAUUAGUCUAGCAAACUUCACGGGAGACUUUUCACUCCUUCCUUCUGGGUUGAUAUGGUUCAAGUGGAUUGGUCGCCAUUGGGGUACUAUUCUACCAACCAAUUUUUAUCACAGGAGACUAGUUAAUCUCGACCUAUCAGAUAGCAUGAUUAAACAAGCCUGGAAUAUGGAGCCUCAAGAUGAAAAUAAGCGGUUCCAAAAGUUGAAACUUCUCAAUCUUAGGCGAUGUCGUUAUCUAUCUAAGUCCCCAAAAUUUUCAUGGUUUCCUUACUUGGAGAGAUUAGAUCUUGAGUGUUGCGAUUCCUUGGAUAAGUUAGAUGAGUCCAUUGGGCAAUUGACUCAGCUUAAAAGUCUUAUUCUAUGCAUGUGCCAACAAAUAAAGGAGUUGCCUAAGUCUAUUGGUAAUCUAAAAUCUCUAGUCAAGCUUGACUUGUCAUGGAUAGAGAAAAUGGAAGAACUCCCACAUAGCAUUUCCCGACUGAGUUCUCUCAAAGAGCUUAAUCUCCAAUCAUGCGUUUCACUCAAGAAGUUGCCCGAGAAAAUUGGUGAUCUAAAAUCUCUAGUCAAGCUUGAUUUGAGCAGGACAAAAAAAAUUGAAGAACUCCCAGACAACAUUUCUUGGCUGAGUUCUCUCAAAGAGCUCAAUAUGCAAUCUUGUGUCUCACUCAAUAAGUUGCCCGAAUCCAUUGGUGAUCUAAAAUCUCUAGUCAUGCUUGACUUGUCAUGGAUAGAAAAAAUUGAAGAACUCCCACAUAACAUUUCUAGGUUGAGUUCUCUCAAAGAGCUUAAUCUACAAUCUUGUGUCUCACUCAAUAAGCUGCCCGAGUCCAUUGGUGAUCUAAGAUCUCUAGCCAAGCUUGACUUGUUGUGGACAGAAGCAAUGAAAGAACUCCUAGACAACAUUUCCAGAUUGAGCUCUCUCAAAGAGCUUAAUCUCCGAUCGUGCCUCUCACUUAAGAAGUUGCCCGAGUCUCUGGGUGAUCUAAAAUCUCUAGUGAAGCUUGACUUGUUUUCAACAAAGAUUGAAGAACUCCCAAACAAUAUUUCUAUGCUGAGUUCUCUCAAGGAUCUUGAUCUCGAAAGCUGCGACUCACUCAAGAAAUUGCCCAAUGGUGUUGGUCUAUUAGAAAAGCUUGAGGUAUUAAAUGCUAUGGAUUUCGGGAAACUAGUGCAACUACCGAGAUCAAUGGGGAGAAUGAAGUGUUUGCGUAGCAUUGACCUGAGGGGAACCCAAAUUUCCAAAUUACCUGAUGAUAUUUCAUUGCUGUCAAGUUUAGAGGUGUUGACAGGGAACGCGAGGCUCAAAACCCUCCCAAUAGAUCUAUUAGCAACCUUCAAAAACUUGGAGUAAGUGAAU